UAUGCCCACAUCCGGCUCGUAAGCAUCUUGCUUCGUUGGGGAGACCGUAUCGCAUGGUUUUCUUCGUACGCCACGAGGUCGCGCCACAUUUCAGGAAGAAAGUAAAGGAUCUUGAUUUUUUGAGUGAUCGCUCGCGAUUCGCUAAAUUCACCAAAGCGGUGGCAUUGGGUUGGGUAAAUGUGGAGAAUUUCUUUCCCGUGGGAACAUUUGAGGUUAAAAGGAACAAUCGCUGGAGGACUAGAAUGUCGCGUUCGCGUUGAAAUUCUUCGAUGCCGAUCAUUUGCUGACCAUUUUUUGUGUGAUAAUUACCAUUAAAUAUCAAAUGCCAACCUGAAGGAAAAAACGACGUGGUGUGUUGAUAGUACACACAGUUGCAGUGCGCAAUGUUGUGUUGGUGUUUUGCUUUUACGUUUGGUUGUGUGUCAGGUUUAAGUCAUGUUACUUAAGAGUCGCGAACGCGAUUUUUCGAGUUUGUUUGCGUGCACCUUAGCAUAAACCGAGAAACCGUGUUCGACGUGAAUUAGAGUAAGAAUCGUCGGGCAGUGAAGUUGUUGUGUACAGUGUGGAACAUGUUAUCAAGUAGAAAAUCAGUGAACGGUGUAAAGUAAACAGAGGCAGCAAAAUAACACCGCGUACGUAAAUAAAAGGGAAUGAAAAAUAGUUGAAAGUUAAAACAAGUGUGUUUAUUCCUGUCGGAAGCGCUAUCAACGUAUGUGACCAAAGCUGAGACGGUGUGAGCGCAGUGAAGAGACAGCUUAUAAAAAUAAUUCGCGAAAAGAAUAUUAGCACAAGUGGAUCGGGCGGGUAAACACAGCAAAAGUUCACAAACAUCGUCAUACGUGGAAAUAAACACAAAUACGUAGUGCCAGUCGAGCAGUCGAAAACAAAGUCGGUGGUAUCAAGAAGAUCGUAACAAAUUGUAAACAAAGCCCCCAUCAAGGAAAACUAGACUGAUCUAGGCGCUCGCCUAAAUAACUAGAAAAUGGAUUCCUUCGGAUCACCUUGGCCGGCAUCGCCGCGCGGAGGUGGCCUUGAGGGUCUGUCCAACGAUGGCGUCCCGAUGGACGCGUUGGCCGAGCUGCAGGAUGGGGCCUUCGAGCCGCAAACCCGAGCUCGAUCCAACACGUGGCCUCUGCCUCGGCCAGAGAACUUUGUAGAACCGGAAGUGGAAUCCGAAAGCAAUAAGUGUAGUAAUCAGCAAUUGGCAAGUGCAGGUGCCAAUGCAAAUCAACCGCAAUCAGUGUCGUCCACUGCGAAGAAAAAUUCUUCGCGCCGCAACGCCUGGGGUAACCUGUCGUACGCUGAUUUAAUUACACAAGCAAUUAGUUCAGCAGGUGAUAACCGACUAACGCUCAGCCAGAUCUAUGAAUGGAUGGUGCAGAAUGUGCCAUAUUUUAAAGAUAAGGGUGACUCCAACAGCAGCGCAGGGUGGAAGAAUUCAAUCAGACACAAUCUAUCACUGCACAACCGAUUCAUGCGAGUACAGAACGAAGGAACCGGUAAGUCGUCCUGGUGGAUGCUGAAUCCGGACGCGAAGCCGGGCAAGUCGGUGCGCCGGAGAGCCGCCUCGAUGGAGACGUCCAAGUACGAGAAAAGGCGCGGUCGAGCGCGGAAACGGGUCGAAGCGAUCCGGCAGCAGGCGGCACUGGGCCUCGCAACCAAUCCACUGAAUGAUGCUACCCCCUCACCUAGCAGUAGUGUUAGUGAAAACCUCGACUCGUUCCCGGAGAGCCCGUUGCACAGUGGUAAUUUUCAACUAUCGCCUGACUUUCGGCAACGUGCCUCCUCGAACGCGAGCUCGUGUGGGCGUCUGAGCCCAAUUCAGUCCAUCGUGGGGAUCGAAAGCCCCUGGACGUACCCACCGGAGCUAGCCGACUUGGCCAACAAUCCGGACGACGGCGGACAAACGGUGGAACCCGCCGAACUCAAUGCUCAGGGCCAGACCCAAUUGGAUCAGCUGGCUGGAUCUCUCGCGGACGAGCUGACCUUACAGCAGACUGAUUUCUUUAAAGGGUUCAGCCAAACAACGACGAUUCACAGCCAACCCCCGCCACCAUAUCAGCCACCGCAGCCGUACUCCCUGCACGCGACGGUGGCCCAGCCUUUCGGUUUCCCGCAGCAGCAAAAUCAGUGUCCCAUCCAUCGCCUGCAACAGUGCACCUGUAUGUUACAAAACAACACCCGUGAGAGCAUGUCACCCGCGUCCGGAACCGGAAUGUCGCCCUCGUACCCGCACAGUGAACCAUCACCGGACUACGCCAUGCUGGUGGGGGCACGGGUGAUACAGAGGACACCUUCCGCCAGCCCACCUCUGACGCCAAACACGGUCUGCAGUAUGAUGACGUCGUCCCAGAACGACAAUACUCCGCAGACGUUGAUGGGCCAGUUCAUGGAAGCGCUAAACAAUCAAACAAACAUAGACGACAUCAACAUCAACCUGGAGUCGUUCCCCGGCGGUCUGGAGUGUAACGUCGAUGAGGUGAUAAAGCACGAGCUUAGCAUGGAGGGUUCCCUCGAUUUCAACUUUCCAAUGUCGAACCACAGCACCUACACGCCGACCAACAGUUCCAACUCGCAGGACUCGACAAUCAGUGCAAUAGCGGCCACGCCGAACCAGGCCACGGCGCCACUUCCCCACGGCCAGUACACGGCACGAACGAGCGUCACGCCGCCGUCCUGGGUCCACUGAGGCUGGCUGUGAAUUGGAGCGUACUUCUGAUGAUCACCCAACCCAUCUGGUAUCAUAGAGAUCGUUCCAAUUAUGCACCAUGAAAGAAACGGACAGCCAUCGGUAAUCUGAGGCAACAUCAUUGCUGGAUUUAGGAGCAUGAGAGCUUCCAGCGAGCAAUCUUAGCUUCUGUAAUAAUACACUGAACCAGACAACAUAGAUUGAACGAAUACUUACAAGCUAGUAAAUCCACAAUCAAUUCAAUACAACUGAUUAGUAAUGCUAUGCGCGCAUCUAAUGAUAGAAAUCGAAAAAAAAAAAAUGCUACAACUUCAGAUUGGUUAAUGUUUGGCGUAAAUGAUUCGUAAGCAAGCAGCAAUGGAAAAAUAGCAAAAUUUCUUUAACUGGUAGCCGUUUUUUGCAAUAGUAGAUCACAUUAAGACAAAUAAUGGAAACAUAGUGCUGUUUUUAGUUUAGACAAACGAUAGCUGGAUGGUAUGUUAAGGUUAUGUUUAGGUUUGCGUAACUUGUUUAACUAUGCUACACAAUUGUUUCGCUUGGAAAUCAAUGCUUCAACUAAUUUGUCAGAUUAUUUUGUUAAGUUUGGACGACUAAACUGUAGUUCUACGUAUAAUUGUACCGUGCUUAUUGUAACUGGAAGUGACAUGGGACAAUAAUGCGUCGAACUGCAUUAAAAGGCUUGAGUAAAGCUAGCCUAUGGUAACUUUAAACAAACGGUAGUGAUAUUACAGUUAAGCAAGCAAACAAAUGGUGCUUUAUAAUAAUUUUCGUAAAAGCCGACCACGAACGAGGGUCGAAGCAACAGGUGGCUCGUUUGUUUAUUUCGGCAUGGCCCACUAUCCAUGCAGUAGGCGGUUCCCAGGCGCGCGCGGUGGAAAAUGUGAUGCUGUCAGCUUAGCGGGUGCACAAACCAAUUUCCACUGCCUGCUUUUCAUGGAGCACGGACCAAGUGCUGUCAGCUUUUUUGCUCAAUAUAAGGACGCCAUCUUCUGUUUGAUCAGUGUAAUACGUUAUCCUGCGACUUUGAAAGCACAACUGUAAAGUUAGGAAUUGUGAACAACAUGAGUAGUGUGUACAUAUAAUAAUUUUCAUAUUUUGGUUCUGCUUUACGUUCUAGGUUAACCAGUGCCAUUUGAAGAAUCUUUAAUGAAUUUCAACAAUAUGAAUAAUGCUAUAAUCCUCUUUGAAGCCGUACUAGUGGUGAACAAAGCACUCACAGUCAUAAUUAGUUUCGUGAGUUGAGUAAAAAUUGUAAAUAUAAUUCUUUAAUUUACCGAUUGUACAUAUAGUUACCAAAUAUGUAGAACAUGGUAGGUGUAAGAUAGGUUCCCUUCCCUAACGUAGGCGGCAGUUAAAUACAAACCAUUAUUGUUAAAGCGAAUUGUUUGUUUCUUUUAGGAUACAUCGCGUAAGGAUUCUUCAAUUUUGAAUGAACGAAAUUACUAGCAUAAACUCGUAGAGCUAAACAUUGUUUAAUUCAUAGUUUGUACAUAUUACGUAUAGAAGGAACCAAUCAAAAAGUUGGUAGCAACAUUAUUCAUUAGGAUACUGUUAAACAUCAUACAUAAGAAUAAUAAACGAAAUAUUAAGCAAACCCGACAACAAAUUGUAUAUUGGAAGUAAACAA